UCCAGGUGUGUCCGGGUACCUGGGGAUCUGGUCCCUCCCAGCGUCAUCGUCUGACCGCGGCUCUGUGGACGCUCAGGUGCGUGUCUGCGUCCCGCUGCGGCCCCGGUUGCUUCAGGUGAUCUGCGUGAGGCUCGCCGCGUGUUUGCUCAGUAAUCACCAGCUUAACCUGUCUGAUGGGUGUGGGCCGGCCCAGAGCCGACCUGUGCAGAUAUGAAAAGAAAUCCUGCUCAGUCUUGAGAGACGUGGGGGAACUCCGCUUCUUCUCCGGUUUCUGAGCAAACAAAAGAGCCCGGCGGAUCCCAGAGCCUCAGCGAGGAGAGCCCGGCGCCGAGCGACGGAGGAAGGAUCAGGAGGGGGGAGCCAGGAGCCAGGAGCAGCAUGUGAAGCAACCUGAGGGGAGAUUCUUGUGCUGCUGUUCGACAGAUGGGCCCGACAUUCUAAUGUGGCAUUUCAGGCUCUGGGAUGUUCACGACGUUGCUGUGUUCCUCAGCGUCACGCUCUGUGUGUGUCACCUCACUGCAGCGAUCUCCAUCAGCUCGUCCCAGAGGAACCUGAUCAGGUCGGUGCAGGAGGACGUCUUCUUCUCAGUGGACGUGACGUGCUCCGGCGUCCCCACCAUACAAUGGACCUUCAUGUCCGGAGCGGAGAGCCGCUCCAUAGGGACCUGGCAGCCGGGGGCCUUCCCCAACAUCUCUGUGGCCUACGGCAGCAGAGUGACGGCCUGCGACAACGGCUCCUUGGGCCUGUCGGACCUGCGGCUGCAGGACGGCGGCUACUACGUGGUCUCGGUCCAGGACCCGGCGGGGAACAGCCGGGACGUUGGCUUCGUCCUGAAGGUGAACGAGGUUCUGUAUGAGGAUCUGCAGUACCUGUCGGUCACCGCCUUGGCCCUGAUGGUGGUGGCCGGCCUGCUGAUGCUGACCGUGUGGCUGCUGCACAAGGCCUGCAGGAAGAUUCAGGCGAGCAGACGCAGGCGGCAGAUGCCGGAACACGACGCCACAGAGCUGCAGCCUCUCUGAUGAAGCACCGACACCCGGCGGAGACUCCGCCCCCUACACCCCCCCCCCCUGUAAAUACGCGCCGCCAUGACGACCACGCAGCCCUUAUUUAUUGUCCGAUUAAACCACAAGUGUGACGCUACCUCAGCUGCUGUGACGUUUAUUUCCUCUAGGAACCCGAAACAAAUAAAAAUAAAAGUAAAAAAAAAAAA